GCGGCGUACGAGUCCGGCAUGGCACGUGUUUUAGUGGAGAGGACCCCGCGGUGACGGAAUGAUACCACCUCUUCUUCCCUGGUGAGAGUCUGAGGACGUAGACUUUUUUCUCACCAUGAGUGUUACCCCAGUGGUCAAGAGUCGUGGGAUGAAGUUUGCAGAGCAGCAGCUGCUAAAGCAUGGAUGGACUCAAGGGAAAGGCCUGGGCCGGAAGGAAAAUGGCAUCACCCAGGCCCUCAGGGUGACAUUGAAGCAGGACACUCAUGGGGUGGGACAUGAUCCUGCCAAGGAGUUCACAAACCACUGGUGGAACGAGCUUUUCAACCAGACGGCAGCCAACCUGGUGGUGGAAACUGGACAGGAUGGAGUACAGAUAAGGCGCCUUUCUAAGGAGACCACCUGUCAAAAUCAUCCCAAGCCCAACUUGCUGUAUCAGAAGUUUGUGAAGACAGCCACCCUGACUUCAGAGGGAGAGAAGCCUGACAGAGACUUAGAGAGCUGCAGUGAUGACGACAACCAGAGGCCCAAGCCCCCAAAGAUUCUGACUGAUGAGAUGCUGCUCCAAGCUUGUGAGGGGCGAACAGCACACAAGGCUGCCCGCCUUGGGAUUACAAUGAAGGCCAAGCUCGCUCGGCUGGAGGCCCAGGAGCAGGCCUUCCUGGCUCAUCUUAAAGGCAAGGCCUCUCAGGCCUCUCAACCACAGUCAGAGAGCAAGCCGCCCAAAAAGAAGAAAAAGAAAAGAAAGCAGAAAGAGGAGGAAGAGGCUACAACAACUGAAAGGAAUGCAGAUGAAAAGUGCCCAGAACACACCAUCCAGAGCAUCAGGAAAAGCAAAAAGAAGAAAAGACACCACCAAGAAGAAAAGGUCUCCUAUCCGACAGUGGGGACAGCUGUAGGGGAUAAGGAGGAAGAGGCUACAGGAACAGGUGGGCUGAGGGAAUUCAGCAAAGAGCCAACUGAUCAGUCUUCCAGGAAAAGGAAGAGAAAAAAGAAGCAUCGCCAUGAAGAAAAGAAGAUGGGGGUCUUGGAUGAAAGAGGAAGAGGUAAGGAGGCUACCAGUGCUGUCAAGAUAGAGGGAGAAAACACAGCGCAUACUGACCCAUGCAGCAGAAGCAAGAGGCGGCACUAUGAGAAUUUGAACUUAGAAGACAAUGAAGUUGAGGAAACCAUUAGACAUUGGGAUCAGGGAAACAGAGGACAGAGCACACAGAGAUAGGAGAAGCAAGGGAAGCAAGAAAAGAACACAGCAGCUUGGAGAUAGGGAUGUGAGGGACAGAAGAGGUGAGAAGGGCAGGACUAGGAAGGCAGAAAACAGAC